UAUCCAAAACAAAUACUAAUAUAAUAUCGUCGUCUAGGUAGUUGAUGAUAAAGUAGCGAUACACUUCGUCCCACGUUCACGGUGACCGGAGCCUGAGGCCCUCAGCACGCAGGCAAAGUAAGCUCUCUACUCCCUGCGAAGAAGACGGCGGACACCAGAUUCGAACGGAGCUUCGUUUUUCAUUGUAAUCAGCACAUUAAAAACCCAUAAAUACCGUUUUUUCUAUUAUUGAUUUCAUCCCUAAAUAGUACUCCUUCUUGAACAAAAAAAACAUGUCUUUUUCUCUCAUCUCCUUAUCUUCUUCUUCAUCUUCUAUAGUUUCCAGAACUUUUCCUUCCUUUUUCUCUUCCGAAACUUCAUCUCCGCCGUCUUCUCUACUAACCCUUUUGAGGAAUCAGUCUAAUUUUAGUCAUGUUGCGUCAAUCUAUAGAAAUUUCGGUUCCAGUUCGUGUUCUUUCGUUUCUUCGGGUUGUUCUAUGUCGGUUGCCGAUUAUGUGGUUCCGAGGGCUUUUUCGUCUUCCUUUGAAUCUGAAUUUUCCGCUUCUGGUAGAAAUUCUGAUGGGGAAAGCUCGGAGGUUGGGUCAGGUGAAAAUGAUGAACAAGGGGCUGAGACUGACGAUGAAGACCAAGUGUUGAUUGUUGAUGAGGAAGAUGUGGGUUAUUCGAAUUCUGAUCUUCCUCAAAGAUGGGAUGUUUUGGGUCUUGGCCAAGCUAUGGUUGAUUUUUCUGGAAUGGUUGACAAUGAGUUUCUGGAAAGGCUUGGAUUAGAGAAGGGUACUAGAAAGGUCGUCAAUCAUGAGGAAAGGGGUAAAGUUCUGAGUGCAAUGGACGGAUGCAGUUACAAGGCCGCUGCGGGUGGAUCACUUUCUAAUAGUCUGGUUGCCUUGGCCAGGCUUGGUGGUCAGUCAAUAGCUGGUCCUGCUCUGAAUGUAGCUUUGGCUGGUAGUAUUGGAAGUGAUCCGUUGGGUGGAUUUUACAGGUAA